GUCCUACAACACCCAGCUGCUGACUGCUACACAGUCUGCUGUUGACAUUACCUACUUCUAAUUCUCUACGUCUUCAGAAUGUCUCUAAGAGAGAAAAGUAAUGCGGAGAUCAGUAAUUUACUGACAGACUACUGCAUCAAGCAUGGACCAGUAGUGAGGUCAACGCGAAGUCUGUAUGAGAGGAAGCUUGAAGAGGCCAUGGCCAAGGAUAGAACCUUCUAUAGAGAAGAAGAGGAGGAAAUCACAGACAUCACAUACUACCAUCCGAAAAGAAGGAAGACCUCAGCAAUUUCUGGCAGACAUCACAAUGAAGUGGAAAUCAGAAGGCCAAUCAGCUGGAGACCAGGAGGAAAGAUGUGGAUGGUGAUCCCAGCGGUGCUGCUCCUGACUGCUUUAACCCUAUCAUUCUACACCCUUUUACUGUGAUGUCAAAUCAGAUUCUUAGCUUUGUUUUAUUUUAUGUCAGGAUAUAAUGUUUUUUACUCCUCCAAAGCCUUAUUCAAUUCUAAACAAACUGAAUAUAAUGAAUAUAGAAUUAGAAGACAGGGAAGAGUACUUGAAGGAAAACUGCAUCAGAAUGCUUUAAAGGUACAACUUCUGUUACACCACUGUGUCUGCUGAGCACAAACAGCUUGUGGUUUUAUCCAGGACUGAAACAGAAACAUUGGUAAUCAGUCUUAAUAAGAACAAGCCUAACUUUUCUUCUUUAUUAUGCCCUGAUUCUGUUUUUACAGAAAGUCACUACAGCUGCCAUUAAACAUGUGGACUCAGCUCUCUUUCUCAUAAAAGGCUCGCCUGGACCACUGCUUCUGUUUUUUGUCUGCCUGCUUUGCCCUCUGAACCGUGGCCUGGCCAGAGCAGAUGGCCACUUACACAGAGCCUGGUUCUGCUUGAGGUUUCUUCCUCACACAAGGGACUCAUUCCUUAUCCCUGUUGCCAUAUGCUUGCUCAGCAGGAGAGAUGUCAUGUAAUUAGCUUGGCUUACUUAGAUAACUUUCUCCAGGUAGCAUUAUAAACUGAAUUUUAACACACUGGAUUAUAAAUCGGAUAGAAUUUAAUUUAUAUGAUUGAAAUUGAGUGAUUUGAUUAUACAUUUCUGGAGAUGAAGUGGACCUUUAAGUCUUGUAAAGUGUGUUGAGAUGACAUUCACUGUGAAUUUGUGCUAUAUAAAUAAACUGGAUUGAAAUUGA